AUGUCUGAUGAUUCAAUUAGAACGAGAAAAUUCAAUGGAAGAACGAAUGCUCCUGUUACUAUAAAAGGAGUGAAUCUAGCUGGGAAGACGUUUGUAAUAACUGGAACAACUUCAGGAAUUGGAAUUGAAACUGCAAGAUCAUUGGCAUUGAAUGGAGCUCAUGUUGUCAUGUUGAAUAGGAAUCUUGUGGAAUCUGAGAAGUUGAAAAAGAAAAUAAUUGAAGAAAUGUAUGAUGCAGAGAUUGAUAUCAUUGAAUGUGAUCUAAAUUCGUUGAGAUCUGUGAAGAAAGCGGCGGACGAGUUCAUUGAGAAAAAUUGGCCAAUUCACUGUUUGAUUCUGAAUGCUGGAGUAUUUGGAACAGCUUCGAAAACUACUGUAGAUGGUCUAGAGUCUCAUUUUGGAAUCAACCAUCUUGCUCAUUUUUUGCUGAUCCGAGAGUUUCUCCCAAUCGUUCGAAACUCAAAUCCAUCAAGAAUAAUUCUAGUUUCCUCCUCAGUUCAUGCUAAUUGUGGAGUGUCUCCAUCUAUGUCAAUUGAAGACAAAAUCAAAAUAUUGUGUCCAGAAAGUCCAUUAGAUGCAUCAUGGUUUCGGCUAUAUGCUCGUUCCAAAAUGUGCAAUAUGUUGACUGCAUUCAAAUUGCAUCGUGAUGAGUAUCUCAAUGGCAUCAGCACGUAUUCAGUUCAUCCUGGAAACGGAGUCAGAACUAAUAUACUCCGUGAUUCGUGGCUUGUCAGUAUUGCCAGUUUCUUAUCAACUCCAUUCACAAAAAACAUCAGUCAAGGUGCGUCGACGACUGUUUAUUGUGCUGGGCACCCAGAAGUGGCGAAUAUUUCUGGAAAAUAUUGGGAAUCGAAUUGGGACGACGAGAAGAAUUUAUAUAAAGAAGUGGCGAGAGAUGAGAAAUUACAAAAUGAAUUAUGGAAACAUUCUGAGAAAUUAUUGGAUAAUUUAUUAGAGGAUAGGAAGAAUUCUUGUCUUUUUGAAUGCUGA